CAUGCCGCCACGUUGUAGUUCCACGUACGUCUAAUAAAGCCUGAGGGCGAACCACCGGGAGCCGUGAUUAGAGCUGACCUGUAGUUAAUACCGGUUGAGGGGAGAAACGCUACCGUGAGGAACUCAUGCGCUCGGUGUGGGGUUUGUUUGCGGUGGUGGCCGCGGCCACUUUCUACCUCUAUGUGCUGUCGGCUUUCCUGCCGCCCGGACCGCCUCGCGCGCAACUUCACCAACCACCAGGGGAACCGGGAGCGCGCGACGAGGACAGCAGUGCACGUGAGGAGGAAGAGGAGCUCCGGUUGCGUUUCCCAUCAGACCUGGAGAAUCUGCGAGAUCUGGCCGAGCUGCUCAAAUUUUAUAAGCAAAAGCACACAGGUUAUGUGUUUGUGCUGUUCUGCAGUGCCUACCUUUAUAAGCAGUCCUUCGCCAUUCCUGGCUCCUCCUUCCUGAACAUGCUGGCAGGGGCGCUGUUUGGCCCAUGGCAUGGCCUCCUCAUCGCCUGUACUCUCACCACAGUGGGCUCAACGAACUGCUACCUGCUGUCCCGAACAUUCGGCAAACGCCAUGUCAUCCGCCUCUUUCCUGAGAAAGUGAGAAUGUUACAGCGGAAGGUAGAGGAAAACAGGAGCAGUCUAUUCUUCUUCCUGCUCUUCCUGCGCUUCUUUCCCAUGACACCAAACUGGUUCUUGAAUGUAACCUCUCCCAUCCUAAAUAUCCCCAUCCCCAUGUUCUUCUUCUCUGUCCUUAUUGGUCUGAUCCCCUACAACUUCAUCUGCGUGCGGACGGGAGCCAUCUUGUCGAAGAUCACAUCACUGGACGACAUCUUCUCUUGGGGAACAUUACUGCAGCUACUGCUCAUAGCGUGUGUAGCCCUACUGCCUGGCGCUGUCAUCCGCCGCUACAGCCAGUCGUACCUCAAACUGGACAGCAUGCAGCCCAAUGGCCCGAGCAAACAGCUCGAAGAGAUCAACCAUCUCAAAUCCAGAUGACCUGCAGUAGAUCAGGGAUUUGCUGAAGUGCAGCACUGAACAGAAUGUGAUUCCUAGAAGCACUGCUCUGUUCAGGCUAAUUAUUACGUCUAGCAUUUUUAUAUGUUUAGUAUUUUGAACUGCUUGUAUGAAGUAGCCGUAUUUUGUAGCAGAUUAUCAGUUCAAACUUUAAGUCUCUUAAUCAAAGGCUUUUAAAAACACUACUAACUAUUUAUUAAUCAUAAUCAUGGUCUAGUUACAGUACACACACUAAAAACAGCUUUUAUAUUUAUAUUUAUAAGACUAUAUAAUUCAUACAUGAUUCCCAAAAAUAGGAUAAUUCCAUAUAAAAAAAACACAUAUUGUGGUUUAAAUGGUGUAGAGGAUGGAGGACACGAUGGAUUGUGAGGUUUCUCAUCCGCUGAUAGGAAAAAGGUUUUCUAAUACACUCUCUUCUGCCAGGUUUUUAAUCUUUAUCCCCUAAUAAUCCUGACAGGAACUGAUAAAAAAACUUAACACAUACAAACAGUAUACAUAGAACACACAACCUAUAAUAUAAUUACUAAUUACCUCUAGUCGUGAGCUGAUUCAAAUAUGGAGCAGGGAAAUCACUAAACUCUGCAGUACUGUGGUCCAGCAGGAUUUAGAACAUAGUUCAUUGAGUGCAGGGUUUUUAAUAUUUAGUAUAUGGACAAAGGUUUAUGGACACCUGAAUAUAAGGUAUGGUAUGUGCUUUUUUGAACAUCCCUUUCCACGUUUAGUCCCCAUUUGCUCUUACAUUAAUCUCC